AUGUCGCCUGCGCUCAGCAUGGACUUUUACCCCAAGACCAUGGCCCCACCGGUGCCCCCGCACAACCCCGGAGCCGCUCACACGGGACAGGCCCAGGAGAGGCUGCUCAAGUGCGUGCUGCUGGGAGACGGAGCCGUAGGAAAGACCAGCCUGGUGGUCAGCUACACCACCAAUGGAUAUCCGACCAAAUAUGUGCCCACUGCAUUUGACGACUUCUCUGCUGUGGUUCAAGUGGAUGGACAACCAGUCAGGCUGCAACUGUGUGACACUGCUGGACAGGAUGAAUUUGACAAACUGCGACACUUCUGCUACAGCCGCACCGAUGCCUUGCUCCUGUGCUUCAGCGUGGUCAGCCCCGCCUCCUUCCAGAACGUCUGGGAGAAGUGGGUGCCCGAGAUCCGCCGCAGAUGCCCCCUCGCCCCCGUGCUCCUGGUGGGCACCCAAUGCGACCUGCGGCAGGAUGUGAAGGUGCUGAUCGAGCUGUCCCGCCGCAGGGAGAGGCCCGUGGAGGAGGAGGACGCCCGGGCGCUGGCGGAUAAAAUAGGAGCCGUGAUGUACGUGGAGUGCUCGGCUCUCACCCAAAAGAAUCUUAAGGAGGUGUUUGAUGCAGCCAUAGCGGUGGGGCUACGGCAGUCUGACAGGAGGGCGCGGCGAGAGAGGAAAGUGCGCAGUACGGCUGAUAAGAUGAAGAUGCUCUCGAAAUCCUGGUGGAAGAAAUAUGUGUGUGUCCAGUGA